AUGAGUGAUAAGAAAAAUACUAUCAUACCAUAAAAUAACAAUCAAACAGAUGAUCCCAAUUAUGCAUUGCAAAUGUAAAUUAUUGCAUUUUAAGAUUAAACCAUUAAUAAUUUAAAAAAUAUUAUCAUUGAAAAAGAUUCUGAACUUUAAGUAUGAUCUAUAAUUUAAUAGAAAAAAAAUCAAGAAAAUGCUUAGUUAAAAUAACAAAUACAAAUAAUUGAAAAAUAAUAUUCACAAUAACAAAUGUCAUAAUAAUAAGAUAAUUCAAAUAUUUCAAAUUUACAAUCUUAACAUCAGAAAACUUUAGAUGAACUAAAAAAAUUGAAAAUGAUUUUCAAUUAGAAUUCUAAUCCAGAUAUAGUUAUGGAAUCACUUUAAAUUAAGUAAUUAUUAUAUAUAUAUAUAUCUAUAGAGAAUAAUUAGUAAUAAUUUAACAAUAAAAAAAUAAACUUGAAAUUGAAUUAAAAGUAUAAUAAAAAUAAUAUCAAUAGGAAGCAUAAACUAGAUUGAUUCAAACUUAAGGAAUUAUUUAAGAACUAUAAAGAGAAAAUUAUCAAUUAAAGUCAUUUUCAAUGCCAUCCUUCUCAAAUAAUUCAACUAUUUAAUAACCUUCCAUUAGUUAAAGUUAAUUCUUAUAAUAAUAAUAAUAUCCAUCUAAGUAAUUGGUAUGUAUAUAUUAUUAAGUUCAAAUAAUGAAGAAAAUUAAAGAAAUUUAAGAAAAAUGCAAUUAAAAAAUGAAUUAAGAUAGAUCCCUACUUAAAAUAGAACAUAAGCAUAAUAAAGAAGAAUUCAAAUAAUAGAAGAUGAAUUGA